AUGCCUCCUGAAGGUUUCUCCUCUACAUGUUCUCAAGAUGUGAGUCUUUUCUUUUAUAAGAAGGAUUCUCAAGUUGUCUAUCUACUAGUCUAUGUAGAUGACAUUUUGGUGAUAGGAAAUAACAGUCAGCUUAUUGAUCAAGUAGUGACUGAUCUUAAUAAUCAGUUUGCUUUGAAAAUUUUGGGAGAGGUGCAGUAUUUUCUCGACUUUGAAAUUCAAAGAAAUGCUAUAGGUUUACUUCUCGCUCAAACUAAGUAUGCACAAGACCUGCUGCAAAAGGCUGGAAUGAAAGAUUCAAAACCAUGUCCUACCCGUAUGGCUACUGGAGUGAAAUUAAGAAAAGAAAACAGUGAGAUGUUUGAUCAACCUACUUUGUAUAGAAGCAUUAUUGGGGAUCUACAAUAUCUGAUCCUAUCUAGGCUUGACUUAGCCUUUUCAGUAAAUAAAUUAAGCCAAUUUUUACAAAGUCCUACAGUAGCUCACUGGACAGCAAGCAAAAGAAUUUUACAAAAUGUUAAGGGAACUUUACAGCAUGGUGUUAUAUUCACAAGAAGUCAGAAAUUCAUUCUCGAAACCUAUGUUGAUGCGAAUUGGGCUAGUGAUAUUAAUGAUAGAAAGUCCACCAGUGGAUAUACUAUGUUCGUUGGAGGUAAUCUGAUUCAAUGGUGUCCACGGAAGCAAAAGGCUGCAGAUAUCCUCAUUAAGGCUUUGCCUAGUAACAGGUUUGGUCUGCUACAAGAUAAGCUUAAUGUGACUUCUGUGUUGACUGAUUAG